AUGACAGAAAAGUCUCCUCUCUUAAAUUAUCGACUCUCCUUCAGCACCGGUUCACAGCCGAAAAAUGUACCCAAACCCAGCCGAGAUAAGGGGGGCAGAGACGGCAAAACCACCCGAAAGCUCGGAGUGGUUUUUGGAGUUGUUAUCCCAACUUUACUGUCCAUGUUUAGCGUCGUUGUGUUCCUGCGAAUCGGAUUUGUUGUGGGUCACGCAGGGUUCUACGAGUCCAUCGCCAUGUUCCUGGUGGCCUACUUAAUCAUCACCAUGACCGUCCUUUCUGUCUGUGCCAUUUCUACCAAUGGGGCUUUAGACGCUGGAGGGGCCUACUAUAUGAUCAGUCGAGCCCUGGGUCCAGAGUUUGGUGGCAGCAUUGGCAUCAUGUUUUUCUUGGCCAAUGUGUGCGGCAGUGCGCUCUAUGUUUUGGGCCUGGUUGAAGCUAUCAUAUCUACCUUUGGAGUUCCAGAAGUGGGUGCAGCUGUGAUUGCAGGUCCCUAUCAGGUGUUGCCUUCAGGAUACUGGUGGUCUCUGCUUUAUGGCACUGGUCUGCUCCUCCUGUGUUUCAUUGUCUGCUUGGUAGGAGCCAGUAUCUAUGCCAAAGCCACUUUCAUCAUCGUCAUCAUAGUCACAACUGUCCUGGCUUCCAUUUUCAUCAGUUUUUUUAUUAUGGGGCCAAGGGUGGUGAUUCUGUCAGGUACUUCUGUUCUCAAUAGUACUGGCCUGACCAAUGCCAGUUAUACUGGCCUCCGACUCCAUACCCUGAAGGGAAACCUCUUGCCCAAUUACACAGUAGACUACACCACUCAUGCCAUGAUGAGUUUUGCCACAGUUUUUGCUGUCAUGUUCAAUGGCUGCACCGGAAUCAUGGCAGGCUCCAACAUGUCAGGUGACCUGAAAAACCCCAGCUAUUCCAUACCAAGAGGAACCCUGGCAGCUGUUCUUAUAACUUUUGUCACAUACAAUCUGCUAAGUCUGCUGGUUGCGUCGUCCUGUGAACGUCACCUUCUCCAAAGAGAUUACAGUUUCCUGCGAGAUAUCAAUAUAUGGCCGCCCAUGGUGACAAUCGGCAUUUACUCCUCUACCGUGUCUGCUGCCAUGAGUAAUCUGAUAGGAGCUUCCAGGAUCCUGUAUGCCCUGUCCAAAGACGACCUGUUUGGUGGUGUCCUGGCUCUGGCAAGGAAAACAUCUCGUAGUGGGAACCCCUGGGCCUCAGUGCUCAUCUCCUGGUUGUUUGUGCAGGUGGUGCUGUUUACUGGGAAAUUGAACACUAUUGCCGGUAUUGUAACUAUCUUCUUCUUGAUGGUGUAUGCUGCUGUAAACCUGGCCUGCUUGGCUCUAGAAUGGGCCUCUGCACCAAACUUCAGACCCUCAUUUCGUUGUUUUACAUGGCACACCUGCACACUCGGCAUUCUUGGCUGCCUGGUCAUGAUGUUCCUGAUCAAUGCCAUAUAUGCUUUUGCCAGCAUAGCAUUUAUGUUGCUACUCUUGAUGUUAAUCCACUACCUUGGUCCCAUUAGCAACUGGGGCUACAUCAGCCAGGCUCUCAUCUUCCAUCAGGUACGGAAGUACCUCUUGAUGUUGGAUGUACGCAAGGACCAUGUAAAGUUCUGGAGGCCGCAGGUGCUGCUGAUGGUGGCAAACCCUCGCAGCUGUGUAGGUCUAAUGACUUUCAUUAAUGACCUGAAGAAGAGUGGCCUUUAUGUACUGGGACAUGUAAAACUUGGUUUACUAGAUGGGUUGCCAUCUGAUCCUUUGCAGAGCCAUUAUAACUCCUGGCUUUCUUUGGUGGACCAUCUAAAUAUAAAGUCUUUUGUUAACCUUACCCUGGCCGCCUCUGUGCGUCACGGAGUUCAGAAUCUGCUUUUCAUCACAGGCUUUGGCGGAAUGAGGCCAAAUACUCUAGUCUUGGGUUUCUAUGAUGACUGCACCCCUCAAGACCACCUACAAGGCAAAAUUCUGUCAUCUUCAAGUCUUGGCUUGGAUGCAGACUGUCCAACCCCAGACCCCAGUGAACAACAGUCCCCCUUUUUCCCCAGUGUGCGGGAUGUUGGGGAAGCCAGAGACUUUCAAGAAGAGGAAUAUGUGUCAGUAAUUGCUGAUGCUGUAAAAAUGGGGAAGAAUGUGGCACUGGCCCGUUACUUCAACCAGUUCAACCGGGAAGAAGCCCUAAGUUCAGGAAGAAAGAUUGGGGCCCAUCGAAGCAGGACUGGGCCAUUUGUUGAUGUGUGGCCUCUGAAUCUGCUUCAACCUGACAACCAUGGCUAUGUUGAUGUCUGUUCACUGUUCCUGCUGCAGCUGACUGGUGUGCUUCAUGAAACCAGGGCCUGGAACCAGGCAAGACUACGCCUGUUCCUGUGUGUGGAGGCUGGUUGCAGUCUGCAAGAAGAGGAGCAGACAAAGCUCCGGGUGAUGUUAAAGGAGCUGAGGAUCUCAGCUCAGGUGCAGAUGGUACUUUGGGACAAGGUGGUGGCAUUGCACUGGCGGAGACGAGGAAGUGAAAGGGAAGAACGGUCUGCACAGGAUGAAGAGAGGAGGGAGAAACAAGAGGUGGAGGAUGCUGAAAAGGAAGAAGUUACACAAAAGUUCCCUAACAAUGCUGCUCAGCUGACAGAUGAAUAUAUCUGUGCAGUCAACAAUCUGAUUCGCCAACAUGGAGCCCCGCAGCCUGCUGUGCGUUUCCUGUAUUUGCCACGCCCACCAGCAGACACAAGCCGUUACCGUGCCUACCUGCACCAGCUGGACUUGUUGAGUCAAGACCUGGGUCCAACAUUGCUUAUUCAUGGAGUCACUCCUGUGGUCACGACUCACCUUUAG